AUGGCUGGUCCUGUGAUUCCUUUUCAGCUUCUCAAGGGUACUUGGAUCCGCAAAGUGUCCAAGAAGAACCGGGGGAAGCGAUUCAUACUUCUUCUGGAGCCAGACGCCGCCAAGAUCUCGUGGGACCGAGCUCGUCCUCACAAGGCCCUCUACAUCGACGACAUUAAAGAGAUCAGGGUCGGCUCUGAUAUUCGACAAUACCGACUCGACUUUGGCGUGCCAGAAUCGGAAGAGCCCCGCUGGUUCUCUAUUUUGUACGCCGUGCCCGACAAGUCCAAGAGCAAAAUGAUGCAUCUCAUUGCCGAUGAUGCCAGUGUCUUCUACAACUGGGUCACCACCCUAGAGGCCAUUUCGAAGCAUCGCCAGGAUCUCAUGUCCUCGCUCAUGGCCUUCAAUGACCGGGCGAUCCGCGACUACUGGCGCACCGAGAUGGCCAAGCAGUUCGCUGAUAAGCCUCACUCCCCUGACGACGAAGAUCUCAACUUUCAAGGCGUCCAGGACGUCUGUCGAAAAUUGCACAUCCAUGCGUCGCCCAGCCAGCUUCGCGCAAAGUUCCAUGCAGCUGACACCCCCAAGACCGGUCGCCUUAACUACUUUGAGUUUCAAACAUUCGUCGGCUACAUGAAGAGGAGAGACGAUAUUCGUCAAGUAUACCUACAGACGGCGAGGGCUCCCGAGGCCGGCCUCUCGCUGAACGAGUUCUAUGACUUCCUGCGCAAUGUACAGGGGGAGGAUGUUGAUGCCGACCUCGCCGGAUGGGAGGCAUUGUAUCUCAAGUUCACCCGCAAGUUCAAGCCCAAGGACGCGCCAUCGGACAAUUUUGGCAUGAGUGAUGCCGCCUUCGCUGCUUAUCUCACUUCGACAUACAACGUCCCCCUGGCCAAGGAGCCCAAGGAGUAUACUCUGGAUCGGCCCAUGAACGAGUACCUUAUCUCGAGCUCUCACAACACGUACCUCUUGGGAAGACAAGUGGCAGGGUUCUCUAGCGUUGAGGGCUAUAUCGCUGCCCUCGCACGAGGGCUGUCGGAAACCAUGACGACCAUCAACAAGUACGCGUUUGUCAAGACGCGUUACCCGCUCUGGAUUUCUCUUGAGGUGCACUGCAACCCGCAACAGCAGGCUAUCAUGGCACGAAUCAUCAAGGAGACCUUUGGGGCCCGCCUCGUCACAGAACCCCUGGAUCCUACAGCUGACAAGCUUCCUUCUCCUGAGGAGCUUAAGGAGCGUAUCCUGAUCAAGGUCAAGAAGCCCAUGUCGAAGGAGGAGCCAAAACUCCCCGAACCCGGCCGCAGGCGUGGCAACAGCCUCACGUCGCCCUAUGCGAAACCUGUUCAACUAGACAACAACGUCAUCCCGUCUCAGUCGCUUCCGCAAAGCCCACUCCUCAGCCCAAGCAACUCGUCGCGCCGCCUGGUUAGCAAGAGCCGUGUCAACACCAUCACUGAGGGCGAGAGGGCACCAUCGAAGCGGAAUUCACCCAACAAGACGGUCAAGGUCCUCGGCGAUCUUGGUGUCUACUGCGCGGGUGUCAAGUUUGGCGGGUUCGACACAGCUGACGCGAAGGAGUACAACCACAUUUUUUCCUUCAUGGAAUCGAGCUUUGAAAAGCACAGCAGGCCCAAAGAGGCGAAGCAGGCCAUGGACCGACACAACAUGCGCUACCUGAUGCGAGUUUACCCUGAUCGAUACCGAUACCAGUCGACCAACUUUGAUCCUCUAGUCUACUGGCGAAGGGGCGUGCAGAUGGCCGCCAUGAACUGGCAGACAUUCGACUUGGGCAUGCAACUCAACCAGGCCAUGUUCGACAGCGGUACUGAUCGGUCCGGAUAUGUCCUCAAGCCUAGCGAGCUUCGUGAAAUCCAAGUGCUCCCUGAAGGCUGGUCCGGCAAACGCGAGCGCAAGGAGGUUACCUUCAGCAUCGAUGUCGUCUCCGCCCAGCAGCUGAUGCGCCUAACGCAUGGCUGCGUCCAAGACUGUGGACCCCUUUGUUGA